AAGGCUGGCUGUAACAGGAGGGUGCGAGCCCCAGCCGGCCGUCGGGAGGGCUGCAAGAAGGCGAUGCGAAGGGGCGCUCGCCGCAGCCGUAGGGAGCCAGAGCCCAGAGCUCGGCUGGGAGCCGGCGACCCUCGGCUGCCCCUCGGCGACCCUCGGGCAUCCCCUCCCAGCCGCCGCCGGCUCGGCUGCUCCUUGGUGUCAGUACCUGCUUCGGGCUCGGCGGGGCGGGCGGGCGAGCGGAGCGCAGCGCAGCGCAGCCGAGCCUCAGCCUCAGCCUCCCGCAGGACGGACCCCAGCGCCUCCGCCGAGCCCCCGAGGCCACCGCUCUCCCACCUCGCUCCGUGCCAUGGCCCCCGGUAACUCCUCGCGUAACUUCUCCGCGCCGGAGGCUCGGAACGGCUCAGUAGCAGAAAAGCCAGCACCGUACACCAACGUGAUCAUGCCCAGUCUCUUCAGCAUCAUCUGCUUCCUGGGCAUCGUGGGGAACCUCAUCGUCAUCUACACUAUUGUCAAGAAGAAGAAGCUGAAGUGCAAACAGACCGUGCCUGACAUUUUCAUCUUCAACCUCUCCAUUGUGGAUCUCCUCUUCCUCUUGGGCAUGCCCUUCCUUAUCCACCAGCUCCUAGGCAAUGGCUCGUGGUACUUUGGAGCUCCCCUGUGCACCAUCAUCACUGCCCUGGACACCAACAGUCAGAUCACCAGCACCAACAUCCUCACAGUGAUGACCCUGGACCGUUAUCUGGCCACGGUCUAUCCUCUAAAAUCCACCUAUGUCCGGACCCCCUGUGUUGCAGCUCUCGUUAUCUGCUUGGUGUGGCUCCUCUCCUUCCUGACGAUCAUUCCCGUGUGGAUGUACGCGGGUCUUAUGCCUCUGGAGGACGGGACUGUCCGCUGCGCACUCCUGCUUCCCAAUCCAGAGACUGACAUUUACUGGUUCACCCUCUACCAGUUCAUGCUGGCGUUUGCUGUGCCGUUGAUUGUAAUCUGUGUGGUCUACUUCAAGAUCCUGCAGCACAUGGCCACCACCGUGGUCCCGUUGCCCCAGAGGAGCCUCCGGGUACGUACCAAGAAAGUCACCCGCAUGGCGGUUGCCAUCUGCUCUGCCUUUUUCAUUUGCUGGGCCCCCUUCUACAUCCUACAGCUGGUUCACCUCGGCAUUGACACCCCGUCCAUGGCCUUCUUUUACGCCUACAACUUUGCCAUAAGCUUGGGCUACGCCAACAGCUGCCUCAACCCCUUCCUCUACAUUACCCUCAGCGAGACCUUCAAGCGCCAGUUCUUAGUGGCCAUCCGCCCCGCAAAAGAGCCAUGUCGCAACAGCAGCUCUGUCAACAACAACAGCAUGACAGAUGCCAGCGUGUGCCUAAAACUGGCGCCAGAAUCCACUCAGCAGACCCAGUUUCUGGAGGACUUUUCCCCACGUUCACUGCCCGUGACUGUGGCUGUUCACUAGAGGACACUGAAGCCACCACAGCAGAAAGCUUUCCGAUCUGUAUGUUUCUGCUAUGGCAGAGCAGCAGCUUCAGGAAGUUCUUGGUGAAGCGUGUAACUCCAGGCUUCCACCUCCAAGAGUCCCUUCUCCAUCGCAGCGCUCUGCUCCUCCGCUGCCCUGGGUUUCCAAGAUGCUGCACACUGCUGCUUCCUUCCAGCCCUGCACAGCAGGGCUCUUCUACCACACAAGACACCGGGCCCCCAAAGAGGAUGAAUGGAAAAGAGAAAAAGGACAGAAGGAUUUCAAGGGGGAAUGUCACCCUGGAAGAGCAAAACCUCUACCAACAACGCUUCCCAAAGACUCCCCGCCUCUUGGCACGGCCGGUGUUCUAAGCGCCAUGACCAUAGGGAGCCUCCGGAUUCAAAACUUGAGCCUUCAAAAUACAACGUUGUAUACUUGGUUUGGGUAACGUAUCUGAGCUGGGAGCUUUGAUGCCUGUGCUCAUAUCCUGGAAGCAAAUUGCAGUGAGAGCGAUCUUGGGGCCAGGUGUCUCACCUAGGUCUGCUGCUUGGCCUUCUGGUCCAGCACCAUCAGCCUCCAGUGGGCUGUAUUGUUUGGCAAGCAAGGUAUUUUUGGAAACUGGCUAAUUUUGAUGUUAAUCCUAACUAUUUCAAGCAAAAUCAGGCAGAUAGCAAUUGCACUGCUUCAAGGGACUGUGAACAAUUCUCAGAACUACUGCUGCUAACACCAGACUUGUGGCUUUUCAUGCCAAUGAGCCUAUUUUCACACUGCUAGUUCCUCCUGCUGCUCGUGCCUCGCAGUCUGCGUGACCAUCAGGGAACCCCAGGUACAGGGCUUUAAACGUGACCCUGGAAAACGCAGCGUGCAGAGGUCUGUGGAUCAAGAUGUGGGAAGGCAGCUCAGAGGAAGCAGAGGUGCUUGUGCAGCUUCUUCAAAAUAAUAAAUGCUUUAAAGAAGUUAGAGGGAAAAUUAGAUGUCUAGUUUGUAUAUGAGGCUUUAACAGUUGAAGAUUAGGAAAUUGCUUCGCUCGUUACAAAGCCUAGAGAAAAGCCAGCACAGAUCAGCCAGAGGCAGGGGAUUAUACUGAUAGAGACUCCUGGGGAACAGUGCAGGCAUUGUUAAACACCUUGUCAAACAUGGAGGAACUGUUUGCUGCAGAUUAAUUUAUUAUAAAAAGGCAUUGAAAACAUCUCACAACACAGAAGAAUUUGUUACCACACUUGUGGUUUCACGCUGCCAGCCACCCACAACAUCCCCAGAACAGAAAUUCACCCUUACGCAGCCAAACAGCCAGACUGCCACCCGCACAGGACUUCCGAAGCCUUCGGGUGCACCUAGUGCACGCACACGCUUGCGGAUAUUUUUAAACACAGCCAGCAUCUCAUUCUACACCCCGCAGAGCACAAACAGCCAUUCACUCACCUCUAGCGAUCAGAGCAGAUCAGAACAAACCUCCUAACGGGGGCCCUGCAUUUCCAUUCUAGGCUCUGCCAGCUUCCACCCACCACAGAAGCACAUCCACACUGCGACUCUGCGGGAUUUUGUCAAUUUUCUCCCCUUCUUUCCCUGGACAAUAAAGGCAGACAGGCACAUAUAGAGAUCUCAAACUAUGGCUUUAAAAAUCUUCGCCCCAUUUAAUUUCCAGGAAUUUUCACCUGUGCUGGUUUUCAUGGGACUUCUUUGCUCUUUGGUCAUCAUUUUCCCUGAAGAGCUCGGGAGCGAAGGUCAAGGAAGCUGUGUGCUGUGCUGAGGCAGACUUGCUCUCGAGACAAGUGAAACCAUUGUUGUAACUUUCUUCUACAAGGAAGUCAAAGGGAGGACUGGGACUCUUAUCUGUGAAAGGUGGUAAAGGUUGAGUGCUUUUUUCCCCUCCUUUAAUACCAGCAGUGAGGAAAGUGUAAGGGAAAGGAAAAACAACUGAACUGUCAGAGCUCUCAGAGCAGCAUAUUAAAGAUGUUAUCUUGCUUACGGUAAA